AUAAUAAAUAUUGAAAAAUGUAAAACAAUUACAGGAUAACUUUUUUAGUGGUGAGAAAAACCUAUGCCUUUUUAACAAGAUCAACAAAUACAGAUUGUUAAAAUAUCAACUGGAUAAAUUAAAUAUUAGAAUAUCAAAAUUAAUAAAAAAAUUUGUUACUUUUCUUUUAUUCACUUGUCCAUAGGUUUAUGGUUUAGGAACUUUGGUAUAGAAACUAUUGAUAUGACUUUUACUCUUUUAAGGUUGCAAAAUGAUUGAUUUGUAUCUUCUUAUCUUCGCUUAUAGAUAAUCUUGAUAACAGUCUAACAUAAAACAAACAAUCAAUUCAUUACAAACCAUUGACUCAAAAGACCAAACGCUUCUGAAUUAAAUUUCCUUUAAACAAAAUGUUACAAGAAAUCAAGAAAAUCGAUAAUUUAAACUCACCAUCUAUAAAAAAAAUAUAGCUAUAACACCUUAUACUUCUUACAACUUUGAACUCAUACAAAUAACCAAAGAAUGAAUGACGAACCACUUUUGUCUUAUGAGUUCUCACACCAAACAAGAUCUUAAGGAGCAAAUCCCCGGCGCACACUCAAAGUCUACAUCAACAGGCCCAACACACAACAAUCUAUCAUUGAUUUCGAACUACCAUCUAUCACAGACCAUCAAGAUAAUUUUAAUGACUCAAAAAGUGAGGGCAUAGAAUUUAUGAUAACAUACCAUGAAAUCGAACACCAACACAGUUCAAGUCUACAUCAACAGACCCAACACACAACAAUCUAUUAUUAAUUUCCAGCUACCAUCUAUCACCGACUAUCAAGGUAAUUUUAACGACUCCACAACUGAUGGCAUGAAAUUCAUGUUAACAUACCAUGAAAUCGAGCAACGCGACUCAACCCUACUUAUUCAAGAAACAACCCAAUACGUGAUGAAAUUACUAACAGACAAAGAGAAUAACGUAACUGAUGAUCUUCAAGUUACUCUUACCAUCACAAACUACAACCAAAACGUGACUGCAAGACAUGACGUCAACCUUAUCAUCACCGAUCUUGACACAACUAAUAGGCCUCCAACUACAAAAAAAAAAAAAAAUGAUACAUGCACGGUGUACUUCAGAAAUUACAACAAUGGAACUAUCUUUGCUCUUUUACGCCGUACUUUCCAUUUCCGCUGCAUUGAUCAAUGGCUUCGUACAAAUAUAAGAUUUCCCAUAUGUAGGGAAAUUCAUCUAUGAUUCAGCAUUAUUACAAUUUAUAUGGGGGUUUCUUAUGUUCCAAUUUUCAGUUUUAUUUACAUACUGCUUUUGAUUUUCGUUUAAAUUUUUAAACAAUAUAAUAUAUAAAUGUUUUUUCUUCAUUUCCUAAUAUGUUCCAUUACCAGAAUUAGUUUUUUUUAAACCAAAAAUCAGAUAAAAACAUAUAUGAACAAAACUUCAUUACACAUGUUUAUAUUCAGAUUAGUCACUAAAAUAAAAUUUCAAAUGUCGUUCCUUCUAUAUAUUGUCCACAUGGUACUUAACAGUAUAAGUAUGUUCUCUAAAUAAAACAUCAAUUUUACUUUAUAUUUAAAUUCCAACUAAAUUAACUUUGUUACGACUAUCGGCUUUUUAUUAUACUUUUAUUGAAUCAAUUAGUUACAACCACUUAUGCUAUUUCACUUUGAACUAAGUAACUUUUAAAAAAAAGUAAUACACUAGGAUCGCUAACCAGUAUCAAUUGGAUCAGAAAAAGAUCAUUUUCUCUCAACAUAUUUUCAUUUUCAUAUUCCUAAACAUUUUUGAACAUUUUUUUUACUAAAACCAUAAAAUGAAUUUACAAUUCAUGUAAGAAUAAAACAUACGAAUCCGGCGCGUAGCGGCGCGUAGCGUCGGAAUACCACUAGUUUAUAUCUAUUUUUUUCACCGGAAAACAACAUAUGCAAAUGAUUACUAAUACAGUUUUAAUUAUCAUAAUUUGAGCACUUGAUUAUCCAAAAAACAAAAAAAAAAAUACUGUUAAUACUCGAAAAAGCGGAGAGAAAAUCAAGUUGAUUGCAUAACAGAAAAGAUUCUCCUCUCUUCGCUGUCUUUAUUCUUUUUCUCUCAGAGUCCUUUCUCGUCAUUUUCUUUACUCCCCAUAGACCAACAACCAGCACACGCACUCUGACGCUUUGUCUCAUUCGUUUUCGUACAGAAACCCUAAUUUCUCUCACCAUUUCCGUCGUUUCCCUUUCCACAUGGACAACAACAACGGCAUCCAGAGGAGAAGAGCUAUUGGGGAAGACGAUCAGACAAGCAAUCAACGCCGUCGAAAUAACCCAGCGGUAAUGGUGACGAACGAGCCUCAAAACGAACGGGUCCAGUCUGAAGAUGACAACAACAAUUGGAACGGAAGAAGAGUUUGGGAAGACGAUCGGGCAACGAAUCAAGUGGUGGUGAUGAACGAGCCUCGAAACGACGGCGUACAGACUGGUGACGAUGACGACGCACGCCUCCUUCCUCUUUCACUGAGUCUGCGACCACCAACAUCGUACUCCUCUCAGAUCGCGCCGAUGACGUCGCCGCCGCCGCUUCGUCUAGCACCACCGUCGCCUGUGAUGCAAACGUGGCCGCCACGUUACUUGAUGACGCGAUUCCCUCCGUCGUCUCAGCCUUAUUUCGUGACAUCGCCGUCGUAUCUGUUGUCAUCGUCGCUCAGCUACUCGACACUGUCUCGAGGAUCGUCAACACCGAUUCAGCCACCGUACGCUCCGUCGUUUGAUUUCCUCACUCCGGCAAGACCAGUAGCCACAGCGGUUGAGAGUACACGGCGGAGUUACAGAUCGCAAUCAAGCCGUAACCGAAAAGACGAAACAAUCCCGCCGCCGUAUCCAUGGGCGACUAACAAACGUGGAACGAUACAAAGCCUAGAGAAUCUCGAAUCGAAGCAGAUCACCACCAUCACCGGCGACGUACAAUGCAAGCACUGUGAUAAAGUGUAUCAGAUAAGUUACAAUCUGAGGGAGAAGUUCUCCCAAGUAGAGAACGUCUUCGUGACGCGCAAGAGGCUCAUGAGAGAACGAGCUCCCACGUUUUGGACUAACCCAGACCCGAUGAGAUGCGACCUUUGUGGCCGUGACAAGGCCGUGAAGCCGGUCAUUGCUGAACGGAAGAGUCAGAUCAAUUGGUUGUUUUUGCUUCUCGGACAGAUGUUGGGUUACUGUACGUUGGAGCAACUCAAGAAUUUCUGCAAACACUCCAGGAGUCACCGGACCGGAGCUAAGGAUCGUGUGCUUUACUUGACGUAUCUGGGUCUUUGCAGGAUGCUUGAGCCUAACCGUGAGCUCUUUAACCGUGAAACCUCUAGGUGGUAAGCUGGUAACUGGUAAGGUGGUAAGGUUGUUUCUAUCUUUUUCUUCUACUUGGAUUGUUGCUUUUUUAAUUCGGUACAUUUUAUGUUAAUAAUUGGGUGAAAAAUGCAAUUGUAUUGCAUGGAUUUGAUCCCUUUGUCGUUUCUUUGUUGUGUGUUAUUUGGAUUUUGACUUAAUAUCUCAUUAAUAUAUAUUUUAAGGGAUUAUAGUU